CCUUUCUUUUUUUCCCCCCACCAAUUCCAGGUCGUAAAAAUCAUAAGUGCCGCCACACAAAGAAGUAGUUUGGUGUUGCCUCCGUGAUCCGUUACAUUUUCCGUUAUCACGCUAAAGGCUAAAGUGGGCUUUGGACCGGGGGACUGAUUGAAUCAUUUUGGCUUAAACGGAGUGCAGAUCUGUGUUUCCGAGCAGCGAUGAGUUUCAGAGAAAUCUCCGGAAGGAGAAGGAUCAUCGUGGAUGGUGGUUGAUUGAAGAUGAAUUGAAAGAAGGCUGUGAAAGGGGUGCCCAGUUUCUGUUCUCCCAAUUGGAUACGUUGAGAAUGGAUGAGGAUUAUGUUCUGCCAGACGUGGAUGUCGUCCAGCAUGAAAGUCUGCUUGUGAAAAGGGAUCUAUGAAGAUAACACCACAAGUCGUCAGCUGAUGCACCUCUCCAAGACUUAUCUGUUAGAAACAAAAGAUCAGUCUAAAGGAGCUUCAUAGGAUAGACAACAUGUGUCACGUCAUUGUAACGUGUCGGUCUAUGCUUUGGACCUUGUUGAGCAUUGUGGUGGCUUUUGCUGAGCUAGUGGCCAUCAUGAGUCCUGAUUGGUUAGUAGGGGUACACCACCCUUCCCAGUCCAAUGCCUCAGCUACUGGAUCGCCAGAACCUAAACCACCUACGCUUGGCCUGUACAGUCGCUGCAUCCGAGUGUUUCAGCACAAGACGGUUGAGUGUGGACCAUAUGCUGCAGACUUUACAGAGAUUGCAAGUGGAUUUUGGCAGGCCUCUAUUAUAUUCCUGGUUGUUGGAAUCUUCCUGCUAUCCAUAGUGGGCUUCCUCGCAGUCUUUAGCAUGUGCUUUCAGAGUAUCCUGGGGAAAAGCAUCUUUAAUGUCUGCGGCCUACUUCAAGGCAUAGCAGGUCUGUUCCUGAUGCUCGGACUGAUGCUCUACCCAGCAGGCUUUGGCUGUGAUAAGGUGGUCAGCUACUGUGGCCCUGAAGCGUCCCCGUAUAAACCGGGCCAGUGUUCAGUGGGCUGGGCUCUCUACACAGCGAUAGGAGCAACGGUGCUCACUUUCAUCUGUGCCAUGUUCUCCGCCCAAGCCGAGAUCGCCACCUCCAGCGACAGGGUGCAAGACGAAAUAGACGAAGGCAGGACGCUCGUCUGUGUGCUGUGAAACGCUGGGCGUCUACAAGAGAGACGAUUCUCUCAGAGUUACUAGCUGAACGUUUACGUUGUUUUGCUGUCGCCGCUCUGCAGCGCUCGUUGAUAAGGCCAUGGUGUUACACAGUGCUCUCUUUGUGAUAAAUUUCUAAAACCUGAUGAUAGUUGUAAUGCUAGUAAUAACACCCUUUACUGCACAAUUAUUUCAUUCUGUUUUUCUUUUCUUUUCUUUUUUUGCCAAAUUCUAAAUGCACAGUUACUUAUAAAAAGUAGUAUUUUGAAAAUGUAAUAGCUUGAUAAUAUUGUAAAUCAUAUAAAAGGUUAGAAAGGUAGGCUAUGAAGUAUGAGCUAUGAAUAUAAGCAGAUGCCUAGCAGCUGAAUAUCAUACAUAUUAGGAACAUGAAUUUCACUUCAAAGUAAAAAUCACAACCUGAGGAACCUUAUCUGAGGUGAAGCUACCAUUCUUCAGGCUUCAUAACCUCAGCAUCAAGGAAAUCAGCAUGAACAAAUUUCUAUGGAUUCUGAAUUUCACUUAUUCCUGUUUAUGUACUUCUAUUUAGCCCAGAUAAUCCACUUAGAGCUCAAGGAAGCACUAAUGUUUUGUACUGAUUGUAUCCCACAGUAUUAGAAACAGAGCUACAGUUCUCUGUUCGUAAAGGUACAACAGCCAUGAAUGCAACAUCUGCGGCACAAUAUGCGAGCCCAUUUACUAAUAUUUUACUGUUUAUUUCUUUUCUCUUUUUUUUCUUUCUUUUAUUUUUAAAGGUAUCCAGUAAUUCCUGAGGUUGUCGUAGAGGGUAGGUCUAAUGCUCCAGGGACAAACCGCAUGUCUUUAGGUGAAACAUCAUUUAUAUUUUAGCUUCAGCUAUAUUUAGUUCUUUUUAGUUGUGAUGGCAACAGGCAGCAUAUGUAGUGCAAAUAAAAGAAAGCUGCAUUUCAUUCUUACCAUUCACACACACAAGUUUAUCAAACUGUUUAGUGCAGGAGCUCAAUAGAUCUUUCCGUGCGGUCUCAUAUAACUUGCUGCCUUUAUUUUUUUUUCCAUGUAUUUGUUAUAUUAACAAACAUAUUUUGUAUAUUUUUUUAUAUCUGUCUCUGUGCUUUUAGUGAGCAGUAUGAAUUAAAAUUUUUUGAUCAAAACA